GCCCCAAGUACUUUCAGCCCCCGCUGGUCACACUGCUCGGCUCUCCUCCUGCCCCCCAGCUCUGAGAUGAUGGGUGAAGAGCGCACAGACCUCGAGGCCCAGAUCGUCAAGGACAUUCACUUCAAGGAGAUUGAUCUGGUGAACCGAGACCCCAAGAACAUUAACGAAGACAUAGUCAAGGUGGAUUUCGAAGACGUGAUCGCAGAGCCCGUGGGCACCUACAGCUUCGAUGGCGUGUGGAAAGUGAGCUACACCACCUUCACCGUCUCCAAGUACUGGUGUUACCGCCUGCUGUCCACGCUGCUGGGCGUCCCGCUGGCCCUGCUCUGGGGCUUCCUGUUCGCCUGCAUCUCCUUCUGCCACAUCUGGGCGGUGGUGCCCUGCAUCAAGAGCUACCUGAUCGAGAUCCAGUGCAUCAGCCACAUCUACUCGCUCUGCAUCCGCACCUUCUGCAACCCGCUCUUCGCUGCCCUGGGCCAGAUGUGCAGCAGCAUCAAGGUGAUGCUGAGAAAAGAAGUCUAAGGUGGGGCGGGGCAAUGGGGCCAGCGGGGCAGGGGCAUCA